UUUAAUUUCUCAAACCUCCCAAUAAUGUUUUUAAUAUUUAAUUUACAUUUUUAAUACAGAAACAAAUGGAAUGCAUAUAGGAGCGUUGUUGGGUCAAAUUUGAACACCAUUCCAUUUUCUUGGACUACUAUAUAAUUCCUACUCUUCAUCUUUAAAAUUCUCACAUUUGGCUUCUUUUCUUCUAAGAGGUUCACUAACCUCAACGUAGAGUAACAAGAAACCCAAAAAAUGGAGAUACACUCAUCUGUGGUAGCUAAAAGGCUGUGGAAUGUGUUGAGAAUCGCAUUUUUUAUGAUGCGGAAAGGACUUAUAUCAAAGAGAAAGAUGAUUAUGGAUAUGAACUUGAUGAUGAAGAAAGGGAAAGUGCUAAGAAAAUCAUUGAGUAAUUUAAUGUCAUCAUCACAAAACCGUCACCGGAAUAAAAUUGGUGGCGGAUUUAUGAUACAUGAUUAUGAAUUUUCUUGUAGUAAUAGUCCAAAUCCUGGUUAUUUCAACCUGUCAAAACGUAAGCAUCAUUUCAAUUUCCCUUGUAUUAAUGCUCCAGAGGUUAUUGAAGAUGAAACUUUACCUUGUUAUCAAUUAUCAUCACCACUUGAAAUUGAAAAUGUGUGUCAGGGUAGUGUGGCUAUGGUGCCUAAGACUCCUGAAUAUACAUUCAAUUUUAGGUUUGAUUCAUCUGAAGAGAGAAAAAGCUCACCUUUUUCUGUGAGAGUCUCGAAUUAUUCUGCAUUGGAGGAAAAUGAAGAGAUUGAAAAUUGUCAAGUUGAUGAUGAAGCUGAGGAUUUCAUUAGAAAGUUCUAUGAACAGCUAAGGACGCAAAGGCGUGUGCAAUUGCCGGGGUUUUAAAAAAAUAGGUCCGCGACCCUCAGAGGGUGAGAUCAAGGAUCGUCUGCGGCCGCGAUUCAAUCUGGAUCGCGACGUUAGACGCAUUGAAUUUCAUCGGAAAUUUGCACUAUCAACCAUGGUAACAUUGUUAUUAUGAUCACAAUUUAAAACACAGUAACAUUGGAAAGUUCUGUGAUUGCAAGAGAUGUAAAGACUAAUUAAAUAAAAUGUAUGAAAAUCUUAUUUGUAUUAUGGAAUGCUCAUCAUUGAUCCACCUACUGUCAGUACUUUUCACGUGUUGGUAA